AAAAUAGGUCUCCGCCUUGUUAAAAAAGAAAAGCCCGUGUUGCCUUAUCCCUUUCCUAAAGCCCCGACCACUGGAGCAACCCUCCGCACUUGCGGACGCGUAACCAACCGGCGCUAAACCCCUCAAACUAAAACUCUAGAAUUCUUGAAAGUGUCACUCACAAUCCCAUGAAAAUGAAAAUCCUCCGUUGAACUUUAUCAACUGAUAGAAUUUAUUUCAUUUAUGUGCUGCCUACUAGAGAAGGAACAGUCACAGUCACAGUCACAGUCACAGUCACGGUGAUGGCUUCUCUAUCAGCAAUUUGGCUUUAUCAUGCAGAUAGAGGAUUAAGGGGCAGUAUUUCUGCUGAUAGCUUUGUUAAUGGGAAGCCACGUUUCAAUCAUUUUUUCCAGACGCCAUUUAUAGGCUCUUUUCCAGCUGGAACUUUGGAAGUUCGUAAGGCUCCGUCACUGUCUUGUAUAAAGUGUGAGAAGAAGGAUGAGAACGUUGAGCAUGUAUAUGUUGAGCUUCCUCCCUACCAUAGCUAUAUGGACUCAACAUCUGGGCAGCUUGAACCGGCAUCUGGUGCUCGUGCUAGUAUUCCGGACCAGGAGUACUGGCCAGAAGGCACUGCUGAUCGAGUUAGGGCUGCCAGGGCUCCUGAACCAACAGGAUUGUCUGCAGGAUCUCCAUCAUAUGGCAAAAAGCCUGGAAGCAGGAGGAAAAAGUAUAAAGCUUCAGUGGCUGCUCCUGAAUCUUCUGAAGCAAGCAUAGAAUUCAGUGAUUCAGAGGCACUUGAAAGUUAUGAGGAAAUGAAAGAGGAACCUAAAGAUGACUCAUCUGACUAUGUAAUAUAUGAUACAGAACCUGAGGAAGAAGAAACCGGAUAUGAGUUAGACAAGAAACUGGGGCGUCCCCAUCCCUUUAUUGAUCCAAAAGUGAAGAAGCCAAUCGAGGGAAUUCUUCCACAGGAAGAAUUAUGGUGGAACUGGCGAAAGCCAGAGAAUGAACAAUGGUCCAGAUGGCAAAGGAGGAAGCCUGAUGUUGAAACGGUUUUUCUCAAAGCAAUGGCUGAAACUGGGCAGGUGAAGCUUUAUGGUAAGGAACCAACAUUAACGGAGGUUUCUCUUUACAGAGCUAGAAAACAUCUUUACAAGGAAGAACGACUUGAAGCUGAACAAAAGAGACUGGAAAGGAUAGGUCCAAUGGCAUACUACUCGGAAUGGGUGAAAGCAUGGAAGAGAGACACUUCACAAGAAGCUAUUCAGAAGCAUUUUGAAGAGACCGGUGAAGAUGAAAACGCUCAACUAAUUGCAAUGUUUUGCCAUCAAACAGAUAGAGAAUUUCGCAUAAUGAUGGGGACUGAUGUUCGUAUUCGUAGAGAUCCUUUAGCAAUGCGAAUGCGAGAGGAUCUAAUAAAGCAAAUUUGGGGUGGAGAUCCUGUUUACCCAACCAUCAACUACAUUCAAGAUCCAAAUGAAAUUAUUGAUUACAGGGGUCCAGAUUUUCAUGAACCAACACCCAAUAUGCUGGAUUACCUGAAAGAACAUGGAAAAAUCAUAUCUAGGAAGGAGCUUGAAAAAAUUCUGGCAAAAGAGAAGACGGAACAACUUGAGAUGACAGACAUUGAUGAAGCUAUGGCACGAGCUGUUGACAUUGGUGAAAAUGAUGGCGAGGGAGAGGAUAGUGAGGUCGAUGGAGAAGAAGAGGAAGAGGAGGAAGAAGACGAAAAAAUUACUCGAAAUUGGAGUGUUUAUAAAACUACUCCCCAGGCUCGAAAAUCAAAGGAUAAACCUAAAAAAGAGGGUCCGUUGAGUCUUGAAGAGGCAAUUGAUGAUUCUGAGAACUUAACUGAUUUCCUCAUGGACUUUGAACAAGACGAGUGAUUGUUGCUUGGCCUUCAAAACAACGAAGUUUCUCAGCUCAUUUGAUUGAAACUGACAUGUGGUGAGAUAAUUGAAACUCAGAUACAGUUCAUUGUUAAUCGGGGUCUUUCAGCCACUAAUAUGAGUAUCAAUUGCAGCUUAAGGUACCAUUUUUGUUCUUUUUGAGAUGUAUGCUGAACUUACUUUUAAGAACUUAUGAUGAAUGUGCAUUUUCCCUUAGGUAUGGAAAAUUUUGAUAUAAA